AUGCUUCCCACGCCUUCAACAUCUCACGUCUCCUUCGACACCGUCUACGAACCUGCUGAAGAUUCAUACCUCUUCCUCGACACUCUCUCAUCAGCAUCAGAAGCCGCCUGGCUCACCGACCGCUUCAAUCCUCCAUCAAAUCCUUCUCCCAACCCAGUCCCCCUAGUAGUCGAAGUUGGCAGCGGCUCUGGCGUCGUCAUCGCCUUCACAGCCGCCAAUGCGCGACAUAUCUUCGGCAGAGACGACAUUCUGGCAUUAUCCAUAGACGUCAACAGCAACGCAUGCCAUGCAACAAGCCAGACCGUCCAGACAGCCAUCUCAGAAAAGAAAUCCGAGGCAGGCGGCCCUGUUAAUACGCUAUUUGCAGGAUCCGUCAUGGCGGAUUUAGUGUCUCCGUUGAGACCAGGGAGUGUCGACGUGUUGCUGUUCAAUCCUCCCUAUGUCCCAACCCCAGAUAUCCCAGUAUUGCCCUCACAUGAGUCUACGACGAAGGAUACAAAAUCGCUAUCGAGUUCAGAGAAAUUCGAGUACGAGUCGUAUCUUCUGUCUCUUUCUUAUGCUGGCGGUGAGGAUGGCAUGGAGAUUACGAAUCGAUUUAUUGAUGCCAUUCCCUCCGUGUUGAACCCAGACAGGGGCGUGGCAUAUCUUCUACUUUGCGCUCAAAACAAACCUGAGCAAGUCAAAGCGAGGAUUAUGCGAGACUGGCAGGGAUGGACAGCGGAGACAGUCGGAAAAAGUGGGAUGCAGGCGGGAUGGGAAAAGUUGGUGAUUGUUAGGAUCUGUAGAGAUGAAACGUGA